GAUGGCAGGGGCAUGCCCAGGGCAGCAGGGCUGAGCCCGGCGGCGGCAGAGGCGGGCAGUGGUCCGGACCCUGCCAGCAACCUCUGCAUCGGCAGCCCAUUGGCGUCCCCCGCCCGGGGGAAGGCUCGAGCUCUCCCGACUGUUUCUUCCCGUGCCUCCUCUCCCUCGUGCCACGCUGCCUGCGGGUCCAGGGUCGAGGAGGAGGAGCCCCCGCUGGACUGAGCGCGGACCGCCCCCCCCCACGUGCUCCCCAGCGCCCCCCAGCGGCGCACGAGGCUCCCGCCCCCCAGCGGUUGACUGCGAUCCGCGCUCGGCUGCACCCAGGCUAGGCCUCGGUCCGCCCGCUCCUUCGGCUCCGGGCGGCCGCUGCCGGGGACCCCAGCAGGUGCUGCCCGAGCCGGACCCGGAGCCGGAGCCGGUCCAGCCCGGAGAACCAUGGCCAGGCCUCGGGGCGCCGCUGCCGACUCGGGCCGAGCCCCCAGGCAACAGUGGCGGCGGCGGCAGCAGUGGCAGCGGCGGCGGCAGCAGCAACAGCAGCGCUGGGGGAACCGCAGGGCACAACGGCCGGCCGGCCACCCCGAGUAGACCCCCACCUCCUCCUCGUGAAGGCCCCGGCGAGGAGCACCUGCGGGACGGCCCCCGGGAGGCGGCUCGGCACCCAGCCCCGCGGCCCAUGCCGCCCCCCGCCUCGCCAUGCCUGCCGUGACCAAAGCCCCCGCCGGUGCCGCCUCCCCCGACGAGGACAAGGCCAAGAGCAAGGGCCCCGCCCCCCAGGACAAGCCGGCCGCCCUGUUCGGGCUGGCCGCGCUGGGGGGGGGCCGCGGCGAGAAGAUCGUCAUCGCGCGCAGGGACAGCGCGCCCGAGGAGAGCGUUCUCAAGAUCACCAUCACCGAGACCACCGUGAUCGAGGCGGACUCGGGCAUCUGGAACGCGCGCGCGCUGCUCUACCUCACGCUCUGGUUCUUCUUCAGCUUCUGCACGCUCUUCCUCAACAAGUACAUCCUGUCCCUGCUCGAGGGGGAGCCCAGCAUGCUGGGAGCCGUGCAGAUGUUCUCCACCACCCUCAUUGGCUGUAUUAAGAUCUUUGUUCCUUGCUGUUUGUAUCAGCAUAAAGCCCGCCUGUCGUAUCCCUCCAACUUCAUCAUGAUAAUGAUAUUUGUUGGACUGAUGAGGUUUGCCACCGUGGUCUUGGGCCUGGUCAGCUUGAAGAAUGUGGCUGUUUCAUUUGCUGAAACGGUGAAAAGCUCAGCUCCCAUCUUUACGGUCAUCAUGUCCAGGAUGAUUCUGGGGGAAUACACCGGCCUGCUGGUCAAUCUGUCCCUCAUCCCAGUCAUGGGUGGCCUCGCACUCUGUACAGCUACCGAAAUCAGCUUCAACGUCCUGGGUUUCUCUGCAGCUUUGUCCACUAACAUCAUGGACUGUCUGCAAAAUGUGUUUUCCAAAAAGCUUCUCAGCGGGGACAAAUACAGGUUUUCUGCCCCAGAGCUUCAGUUCUACACAAGUGCUGCCGCUGUGGUCAUGCUCAUUCCUGCUUGGAUCUUUUUCAUGGAUAUGCCAGUGAUUGGAAAGAGUGGGAAAAGUUUCCAUUACAACCAAGACGUCAUCUUGCUGCUUCUCAUGGACGGCGUCUUGUUCCAUCUUCAGAGCGUCACGGCCUAUGCCUUGAUGGGAAAGAUCUCCCCCGUCACUUUUAGUGUGGCCAGCACGGUGAAGCACGCGCUGUCGGUCUGGCUGAGUAUCAUCGUGUUUGGGAACAAAAUCACCAGCCUGUCGGCCAUCGGGACAGUCCUGGUGACCAUCGGCGUGCUGCUCUAUAACAAGGCCAAGCAGCACCAGCAGGAAGCCAUGCAGAGCCUGGCCAUGACGGCCAGGCCCAGUGCUCCCGAGGACACAGAACCGCUGGUUGCCAAGGACUUUAAGCCUUACAAUUGACCCAGGUGGGUCCGCACCGUCCGCCAGGAGCCCAUCGCGCGGCACCCUGGCCCCUCCCGGAAGCUGCUCCUUUCCUUCCUGCUGACAUCCUGACAGUUCCUGUGGACGUGCAUGCAGAUGGGGAAUGGGGGUGGCGAGAGGGAGGAGGGCAUCCUAAAGCAGAGACGCCGCCGUGCCCCCUUCUGAGAGGGUCACCAGCAUUGGCAAAAGACCUUUCCUUCUCCUGGAAGGAGCCCGCGCACCGUCAGCACCCUGGACAAGGGCAGCUUCCCCUCAGCACUGUCACUGGAAUAAUGUGAAACAAUAAAAAUGGCCGCCACUGUCUGGACCGAAUGGGUGCUGUGCAGACCACGGCUGAGGAGUGGCCAGAGCGGAGGCAGCUGAGACUUCCUGUGGACCGCAAUUGGAAACUGUGAAACCGAAGCUCGAGGACGAGGGGCUCCGGCGGCUCUCCCAUGGCGGUUGGCUGAAGAACGUGGAGAAUCCGAGAGAAGUCGGUGUCCUUUAGUGAACAGAGCCCACCGCGAGGAUUUCGCGGCACUGCCUUUUCCUUCAGAAUCCGUGAUAAGCCUUCGGCCCAAAGGGAGGCCGCGGGAACGACAAAGCUGGUUGUCCUGGGGACCAGAGAUUGGCUGAGGUAACAAGAUGGUUCUCUGUGGAACACUUAAGUCCUUCCGCGGCACUGGAGGAAUGCCGACACGUACCAUACCCACUCUCUUCCCACCAGCCCCUAAAGGAGGAAGGAAGAUUGUGGGGCAAGGACCCAGAGUGGGGUCCCUGCUGUCAAGACCUUCAUGCUGUGUCCAUUUCCCCCCUCCAUCUCCCAGUCUGCGUAUUAAAAAACAAAACACCCUCGGUGGUAUAUAAUAAUAACAUGAAAUAUUUAGAAAAAAGGGGUCUUUUAUAGGCUUAUUUUAAAUUAUCGGAGUGCAAUAAAGAAAGGAGUACUCCUUGUGGCCCUCCUCGGCCCCACACCCCAAACUGGAAAAUCGGGCUAAAGGGUUUUCCCUUUGCAUCCUGGUGGCCAGCCAGGCACAGUGCCCGGGAGCAGCGGCCCCUCUCUUGGGAGGGCGGGCGAGGAAAAGAAUGUUAACUGAUGGCCAUUUCCCAGCUCCUCUGGUUGAUUUAAAACAAAAUGUCUCAAACAUUGUAAUCGUUUUGGCUCUCCUCUUAAGAAUGGGGAUGUCCUCGGUUUUAAAUUUAGCAUACGGUAUCUCGAGUGCUGGAUGGUUGUCUCCUUUCCUACUUGGCAUCGGCAGGGGUAGAGCCACCAGGACCCUCCCCUUCGCCCCAUUCCUUGACUUUUUGUUCACUUUCUUUUUCCACGUGAGGUGAUAAGUAAAGGAAGAAAGCUGGCACAGGUGUCAGUGUUUCCAUUUGGGGUUAAAUUAUUUUUUUAAAUGAUGCAGUAGUAAAGAAAAAAAGGCUAGAUUUCGGGGAAUAGAAAAUUGUGCUUCAUAGGUCAAGCCAGAAGCUUUACUAACAGCAUGUCUUACCCUUGUAGCUCCACGUGGCCUAAGGAAGGCCUCGAACCUCUCGUGACAUCUCCUGUUUAGGAGAUGGCCCCAUUUUAGGGCAUCUGGGCUAGAAAGUGUAAUUUGCAUCAUGAACCAGAAGGCUCAGAAAUUGGUUCCGUAUUCCAGCUUUUCCCCUGCCUUUCCUCAUGUCUGUUGACCUCCUGGGAGCUAUUUGUAAGCUGAGUUGUCAGAGAGAGACAGGACAAAGUCACUUUGGAAUGGGGUGUUGCAGAGGGACUUUACCUGUGAUUAAUCAGCUGCUAAUUCCUGCAGCCUGACCUCAAUGAGUUUGGGGCGAAAUUGGGGUGGGGGAAGUGGGGAAUGGCAGAAAUUUUGGUGAUGGUUGUAUUAUUUUAGUGUUUAUUUAAAGACAAUUAUUCAGAUUGAAGGCUUGGUUUUAGAUGAUGGCCUACACUGGAAUUCUGUCUCCAUUUUUAACCUGGGGAAGGAAUCGGGGGGGAAAAGAUUUCCUGUAAUGUGAGUUUUGGGGGUUUUCCUUUUUUCAUACUGUUUCCAUAGCCCUAAUGGUUCUCAGAGUUAGCUGCAUUGACAGCUGGAUCUUUUUUUUUUUUUUCCUGUGAGUAAUAAAAGCAUUUAGGGUUCUAGAUGUUCUACUAUUCCCCUCCCCCUGUUUCAUUUCCUCUCUCCUGCCCAGGUUGGCCUCCCGUAAUUAUCUCAAUAGCUUUCUGGUUGGCUUCCCACCCAGAAAACUGUAAAAUGCUAGAAUAACUACUCCUGUAGAUCAAAUCUCUCUGCAACAAAGAGCAUAAUUAAAUCUCAUUAAGUUCUUUCUGCCUGUUGGGAAAGGCUCACCACAAGCAUUCGAGCAAACAGCAGCCCUUUGAAGGUGCAGAGACCUCUCGAGUCACUUCAGCUCCUGGAUGCAGUGGACAUUCCAAAUCUGUCGACUCAGACUUGGAAGACUUUUGCUCCAAUGACAUUCCCUCGAAAUGCAUUUUCCCUUCUCCCUAAAGGAGAGAGGGCUGAAUUAAAGAACUUGCCUGUGUUAGUUGGGGUGGGGGUAAGAGAUUCUGCUGGCCUACGAAGACCAACUUCAGAAAGGUUCACCGACUCCCACAAGAGAGGACACGGAGCUUCCUCAGGACUUCAACAGCUUCCCCCUUUCUGCCUUUUGAAAAGAACACCAAGAUGGGAAAGGGUUUAAAACUGCCCAUUUGCAAAGAGUUGACAUCUGAAGGAUUUGCCAUUGGUCACGAAUGACAUCCCCUGGAAUUUGGUCUGUGUUUCCUCAGAGAGCAAAUGAGCCAGCAGGUUCUGACACUGCCUGUGAUCCAGGUUUAAAAAAAAAAACAACUCAAAAAGCAACAAAAAAAGAACAACUCUCGUGAUAUUCAGGACCUUCAUGGCUCCAGGAAUUGACCCUCCAAAAAAAAUCCCCCAAGCUCAAAACAGGGAUUAAUAACAUGAAUUCGUUGCUAAAUCAAUAGAUGAGGCAAGAAACCACAAAAUUAUCUUUGGAAACUUUACCUUUCUUUGGAUUCUUCUUCGGAAGACUUUGGAUUACCACCAUCCAACAAGCCAAGCUGGGAUCUUUCUUUGGAUUGAUGGGCCUCCUCCUCGUUGAGUCAUGUCACAAAUGCCAGCACCAGGCACUCUCCGGUUCCUCUAAGUUUGCAUCUCAGAACAUCCAGUGAAUAUUGUAAAUGUACAGAGAUGGUCUAUUUUUCUUAACUUUGACUAAGGCAUUUUGAUAGUGAUGACUUCUAGAGUUGUUGGUGAGGUGUCCAUAGAAAUAAAUAGGUGUUCUGUUGGCAUUUCAUGCUUUUAGCCCAGCACUGGUUUAAUACCUAGAUUUCAUGCUCAUCUCUGUGGCAUUUGUGGAAGAAAAAAAACAAAACACUUGAACUAGCUCUUGAUUUUGGCCCAUUUACUUGGCUAGGAUAGAGGGUUUGUGUGGUAAGAGUGCAGUUUGGGUCCUGGCCCUAAGCAAGGCCUGCAUUCAAGUCAUCUGUCUCCCAGGAGACUUGCUAAGAACCAGAAGUUAUUGCUGAGUCACCAGUUGGACAUUUCCACACUGGAGCUCUCUGCAUGGAUGAAAUUUAGAGUUUUAUUCAUGGCCCCGGAUUUGUGUGGGACAGUGGAGAUGAGGGAAGGCCAGUCAUGAAAUGUAUUGUCUCCAAUUCACUUCAACAAGCGUUUAUUGAGCACCUACAAAGUGUAAGACACUAGGGACAAAGCUUACACACCAGAUGAAAGGCGAUGUGCUAGAGUGGACAAGGGCAAGUGUUGGAAUCGGGGAGGCCUGAGCUUAAGUCUUAACCUUUCACCCAUACUCGCUCCAGGCCCCCCACUGUACUGCUUGUCUGUCUUUGUACCAUAUACUUAGUACUGGUUCUCAGACACGUCAAGGGUUUUUUUUUUUCCAAGCAUAUCAAAGAAAGUCAUAUUUUACACCCCUUUUCCCCCAGCAGCCAUCAAUCAAGACUUAGUAUUGGCUUUAAAACAGAAGGUAAGGGAUUUAAAAAACAACCCGGUUCUAUAAAUUUUUUCAGAGUCUCUGAAGACAUUUCUAUUCAGAUGGCAGAGAUUCCAAUGGAUGGAUCUAUGGUCUUUUCAAUGGGGAUGUUCAAUCCAAUAAUUUAAAUUACUUUCCAUAAACGGCUUGCUCAUUCCGUGCAGUGUCCGUGACCUCUUGACCACAUCAUUUCAGGCACUAGCGAUUAGCCCAGCUGAGACCUUCCUCAGAUUUGCCUGAUGUUGUUGCAACAUCCAUCGCACUUACGUAUGACUAGCCAAUCUCUUCUCUUUUUUUUUUCUCCUCUCCAGCAAACUCAUUUGAGAAAGCUUUUGUUUGAAAUCCUAGUGAUCAUUUGAUUCAUGAUUUCCUAUGAGCUAUAGUUCCAUGUGCUUAAAGUAUUGGGGAUCUUACAUAGGUGUCUUUUAAAUUUUAAAAACAGUACAACAUGGUGGUCAGAACUGUGUAACGAAUAUAUCUAAAGGGAUAACUAGGCAGCUCAGCAGAUAGUGGGCCAGGCCUGGAGUUGGGAGGUUCUGGGUUCAAGUUUGGCCCCAGGCACUUCCUAGCUGUGUGACGCUGGGCAAGUCACUUAAUCCCCAUUGCCUAGCCCUCACCUCUCUUCUUACCUAGUAUUGCUUCUGAGACAGAAGGCAAAGGGGUUUUUUUUAAGUAUAUCAAAGAAAGUAGUAUUUUACACCCUCUUUCUCCCAAACCCCCAUCAAUUUUUAAAGAUAUUUCCAAGCCAUUGGGUUCUUUAUUCUAUACCCACACUUUGGUAGCAUUUGUCCCACAGAAAAAUGUUUGAGACAGUGUGGGUCAGUUGUUGCCUUAUGAAGGAAGUACCAUGUGACUUUGGCAACAUCACUUAGCAAAGUGAUGCUCUGAAUCAAGGCCAGAAAGUAUUUCCUUUGCUUCUUCAGGUUGAAAGGUGAAACAAAGGUAUGGUUCUGGACCAGAGAUCAUCUCUUUCUUGCUUGAAGUCAACCGGAACUGAGGUUGAUGUUUCUGGAGCUGAUCUGCUCAGAUCUCCUGACUUUGGGUCCUUUCCUUCUCUUAGUGGACAAAUAUAGUUAAACCUCUUAGCUCUGGCCUUCAAGGGGUUUCUUGGUUUUAUUUCCAUUUGUUUUUCUCUUUGCUGGUCAAGGAGUGGUGAAUUGAGAGACUCAGCCAUGGCACCAGCUUCACAGGUGUGCCGUCCUCUGGCUUCCUUGGAAACACUGGUUUCUUCCUCACUUAUAUUUCAGAAUGAUGAAUUACAAGGUGGAUGUUACCUUAGAGAUGGACUUUUGUGCUUCGCCCAGAAGCCUAUAUCUUACCUGGAAAAUGGUUAAAAAGACAGUCCCUCCUGUGUCUUCUAGAAUUUUUUUUUGGUUUUAAUUUGGGGCACAAAGCCCAGCUUGGUCUCUUCCUUGGAUCUCUUUAGUUAAUUUUUUAAACCCUUACCUUCAGUCUUAGAAUCAAUAAUGUUGUAUUGGUUCCACGGCAGUAGAGCAGUAAGGGCUAGGUGACUUGCUCAGGGUCAGUGCCUUUAACCUGAUUUGAAUCCUGCGUCUCCCAGUCUCUAGACUAGUUACUGGGCUGGAUUCCUCACUGCCUCUUAGAAGCUCUCACAGAGCCAACAUUGGCAUAUGAUCCUAGAACUGUUGAUUGGGCGCUAGAGGGAACCUUCAAGGGUUUUUAGUCCUAUCGGUGGCUAAGGAUGGAGAAAUCAGGGUCUGGGUAUAACCUCUGGCCUUCAUUAGAACUGGCUCAAUCCACUGAGCCACCUAGCUGCCCUGAUCUCUUACUUUCAAGCUGUCAGCCUCUUAAAUAAAUGUUGGUAAGCUAAGCCACCAUUUAGACCUGAGAUGAAAAGGUCCUGAACUUUUGCCAAGGGCUUGACUCCAAAGUUACAGGAGCCAAACUUAGAUGGUGAGUCUCCCACAGGAAGUGAGCCAUCGUUUGUGGAUGUGACAGUGGGUGUUUACAUCCCACUUUUAAUCACAGUUUCCAUUCCUGACAGUAGCUCUCAAAUUCCCCAAACAGCCAUAAACUAGGAUUGCUAGAGUCAGUGAAGCCAACAACAAACAGUUCACUCAGAAUGAACACGCUUACCUGAAUGGGGGGACCAGCCAAGAAUCUGUUUGCUUGAGUUGUUCUUUUGAUGGUGGGGCAGCUCAUGUCCAUCCUUUCCUGGCUAUGUUACCUAAACCAGUACGUGUUUUCCUGGAGCUGUAAGUCUUAGCAAAUUAAAACCUUUGCACUUGAUGGGUGAGCUGUGCUAUAUUAUCCUGCUUGACUCUGUUUUCAAAUUAAAUGUGGGAGUCAAGCCAUGGGGCAGCAAUCUGCAUGCUAAAAAAAAAGGACUAAAAGCGAGAGAGAGGCAUGCUGGAGAGGACCUUGAAGAGAACACUAAGUUUUUGCCUUAAGCAACUGUUGUUGCAGAGAGAUUCUAAGGCUUCUAGGAAAUCAGCAAGCCAUACCACUUGAUAUCCAUCAUAUCACCAGAGAAUUGAUACUAUCUGGGCUGUCUGAAUGCUGGGGGGGAGUUCUGAGUUCCAGACUUGCCACACACACUCAUCCAAGUGUCCCUGUGUCCAAAUGGGAAUUUUAAAAUAUAAAAUUGUGAGUUUUCCACUUUGAGAAACUUGAAAAUAGCAACAGUAAUUGCUUCUACACCAGAGCCAAAUUGUAUUUUGUUACAUCAUACCAAAAGGUGUAGGAUGAAAACCACACUGUACAAGAUGUUUGUAGGUAUUUUGUGCAUUUUUUACAUGGCCUCUUUCAGUAUUUCUGUAAGUUCUCUGCUUUCUAAAAGAUGUUCAAUUCAGUUUGUCACUGUUUAAUUCUCUUGUGGGAUAAUAGCUUGAUAACUGUGUAAUAAAUCCUGUGGAUGCCUCUGGGCUGUUUGUUUGAGUAAAGCAGACAAGCUAGUUUCUUCUCUCCAUGAACAUCGCUCUGGAAAAGUAAAAUAAAAUCAGAUUAUUUGUGCUUCAA